CUUUUUGGUUAUUAUGACUUUGAACGUAACGUUUGACAUUACUCUUGUCCACGCAAUAAAAAGUUUGUCCUUGUGUGACAAGGUGGUCACUCUAAAGAUUGUAUGAAAAUUACACAUUUUUAUGAGCUAACACUUAAAAAUACUUUUAGUAGCAAAUCAAAAUGCAGAAUCUAUCGAAUGAAAGUAUAUUCCAUGUAAAAAUUGUCGACUUUGGUUGUGUUCCCGUGGACACUGUGAAUAAAAAAGAACUUUUGGUAGACAACGCAUCAGAGAAAGUUUUAUCAUAUCGAGCAUCCGUGAUGCACAUACAUAAUAACAUUGAUCGUGUAUUCAAUGUGAGUAUCACAACGUCCCCGAUUAAGCAUAAUGAAUGCGCAGAGGUCACAGUUUUGUUCCGACCAAAUGUUGCGGGACAAUCCUUUACCGAGUAUUACAUUAUAGAAGAUACAGCUGGAAGCUGUUACAGACUUACUGUAACAGGAAAGUGCUUUGGUCCGGAAGUAUCUUUAAGUAGAAGGAAAAUUGUAUUUCGCGUAUGCAAAAAUAUAUCGGAGGAUCGAAAAGCAGUCAUAAAUAUGGUUAACCAGUCGGCUGUUGAAACAACUUACCAGUGGCUUUUACCGUUAGGUGGACAAGGCUAUUUCCAGAUCUCUACCGGUAACUGCGGUCUAAUAAGAGCAUUCGAAACCAUAACGACAACCAUAUACUUUUCUGGAAUUGCACUGGGUAUUUAUACAGCUGAACUGGUUUGUCUAGUCUUGAAUCAGGAACCGUUAUUUAUAAAUGCAUUAGCUACUGUGAUCUUGCCUGGGAAUCCACUUUUCAAUAUUAACGAUCACAUUUUUGAGAAAAUCUGGAAACGCAAGUGUUCUUACUCUCAUCUCAUGGAAAACAGCUUAAAUCGCUUGAGUUACAUACCAUCUGCGUCCGUGUUCGAAAGGUAUUUGGAUUUCGGCAUGGGCAGUGUGAACGAUGUUACAAAGAAUAUUUCGCAAACAAUGUGCGUUACCAAUCACGAGCAGGACGAAGGCUACAUUCAAUGGAUACCAGAUCCGGAUAAUGUUUUCAUAAUAGAUCCUUUGAAUGCUACCAUACCUCCUAACGAAUCAAGAUUAUUUACAAUCAGAUUCAGGCCCAAAAUAGAUAACGAAGUGUAUGGUUAUCUUAUAUGUGGUGAUUUUCAAUAUAAAAAGUAUGACAGUGAAGAUUCAAGAUCUGUUAAAUUAAAGCACACUUGGUUUCGUAUACCUUGUAUAGGCAAUACUUGGUCACCGUGCACAGAAUUGACUACUGAGUGGGAUUGUCCAGUUGAGGUGACCUUACCACCAACAGUACCUGCGAGAACAACAUUUACAAACUUCAUGCUUUCCAAUAAAUUGGAAGUACCAAUGUAUUUUAAAUUGGAAGCACCAUUCCACACAAAUUUCGUAGUCCUACCCAUGUGCGGAAUAGUUCCAAGUCGUGGCUGGCAAAUACUAUCUGUAGCUUUAGAGCCCAUGUCUUUUGGGGACUACUGUGAGACGUGGGACCUUGUCAUCAAUAAAGUUCAAAAGGCACGUAUUUGCUUCUGCGGCAACGCAGAGAUUAGCAAAGUCGAAUUGAUGUCCCACGGAUAUAAUCCAGCGACAGAUGCCAUGUACGAGUUUCCGCCUACCAUCACUGGCUGCACCAAUUACUUCACAGCAUAUUUACAUAACGUAACUCGGAUGGAAAUUCAUAUUAGACUGCUUAACAGUGCACCUUGGCUCGGUGGCGACAGCUGCGGUUCUCUCAUAUUGCCUCCUAAAGAAAUUGUACGGUAUCGUUUUUGGUUCUUUCCGAAAACACCAGACAAAGUUUAUGAAACGACUGUCGUUUGUUCUUGCGUUUGUCUAAUCAAUGGAAGGCCAGUGGGAGAACCGACAGAAAUCUUCAUUCACAUAAUUGGAUUUUCUGAACUGCCAGAUCUAAGGGUGUUACCAAAGUCGAAAAAUCUUCACGACGUAGUGGUGGGCCAGAGUUCGAGUGUGACUGUCACUCUUUAUAAUUAUGGAUCUUGCUUUUUCACAUCCAAAUUAUAUUAUAUGAUCGACGGAAUGGGUGACGAUUUUAGUGGAGAUCGGUUUGAAAUUGAUAACUCUGUUAAUAGUCUAAAACCAUCUAAUCACUGCGAGGUGAAGAUGACAGUGACUCCAGACGGCGCAGGUUCACGACAGAUAGACAUAAAAUACACGGUACUAUUCCGAACAGAGUUCGAUGAAAUAGAAGAAAUCCAACCAGUACAAAAGACCAUAUGCGUUGUCUGGUACGACGGCAUUUACCCAACACUGAAGGUGAAACGAACAAUAUCUGUUGAAUGCCCAGUAAUCUUGAGCAAUCACUGCGUCUGGAAUAUUACGAAUGUAAAUGAACUCAACAAAGCAUUCGAGGACUGUCGUCCUAACAACCCGUUGACUGUUAACAUAUAUGCUCCUGAUCUGUGUGUGAGGGCCGGCCAUGUAGAGUUCAUAUUUGUGAUGGGUUGCGUGUACGCAGCUCCAGUAGCAUGGAGUCUACGCCGAGAAAAAAUUUGCGAUUGUGAAAUGGUCGAAGUGCAAGUUGGGAUAUCGACAUACGUAAUGAGGCACACGUGCAUUCACAGGCCACUGGUGGAGUUGACUCCUGUCGAUGGAAUAGUUACGCCUGAAAAUCCCAACCUAAUCCAUUUAAAAUUUUACUACUCGCUAGAAGGUCAAACCGUAAUGUGUUACGUUAUGACGAUGCCGAAUGAAAGAAGCAUUUACAUUAACUUAAAUAUGUACGCCCAUCUGAACACAAAGGGUAUCCUGGCCCCUUUAAGGAGAUAUAUUGGAGGACAGGAAUAUUUGUCAAUUUUAGACUGCGGACGAGUUCCUAUUAAUAAUCUUGAUCCCGUCAUACGUAUUGUGUGGCUUUAUAACCCUACUGAAGUGUUCACCACGUGGCGACUUCUAAAAGGUAACACCAUAUCUCCAGACUCUGUGUUACGGUGCCUGCUCUAUUUCGCUGAAGUUCCGCCACUUGGGAAACUGGCCAUACCAUUCGCAUUUAUGCCAACUGAAAUGAUUGAUUAUGAGACUACUUUCUUCUGCUCCUUUGGCUACGAUACUGUUAAGAUUUUAGUGAAAGGACAAGGUGGUCUCCCUAACUGCUUAGAGACAAGACUUGACAUCCCAUUUUACGUGGAAAAGGUCAUAAGAUCCGCAUUCCGGGAAAACGUAAUUUAUUUAUCAAUGAAUCACCUUACGAUUUCACCGAUGCCCACGCAUUCUUUGUCAAGAGACAUUGUAUCGGUUUGUAACAACACAGAUCACAUUAUGAGAUUCAUUUGGCUACCGGAAAGAAUAGCAAAUAUUGUUAACAUUGUGAUGACACCGUGUUGGGGCGUAAUUCAACCGAGGUGUAGUGAAUGGAUCACUAUGACAGUGUACACUUUACAAGAGCCAGCUACCUUCACGACAACUGUAGCUUGCGAAAUAUUGGACCUAACGGAACGGAGACGCUUCCAAAAAAACGAGACGCUAAGAAGAAGAAAAAUGGAAAAGUGCAAUCAAGAAUUUAUUAUAACCGAGGAAGGAUUAUCGCAUCCCGGUAUUAAUGACUUUCCGCCAUUUGUUGAAGACCUGAAGAAACCACAACCGUUUUACUUAUCUAUGACUGUAUCAGUGUCAUCGAAAGGUCAACGCGAUGGUUACCCACGGAUGCUGUUAAAGCAGAUGUGGGAACAGACACCGCCCUACGACUUAUUGUCAACUGACUUGAGCGAGUACGGAGGUGCUGAGAGAAAUGCAGGCAGCAACAGCAUGACGAAAACCGACGCUUUACGGGUCAUAGAUGGAAUAUUAUGGGAUGCUUUACACAGCAAAAUGUUUAGACAUCAAAUUGAAUUCUAUUCGAAAGAAGAAAUACCAACAUAUUCACAAGUUGUGAAAGUUAUGGAAACCGAUACAACAUCACGACUGAGUAGACGAGUGACAUCUGGGAUCUGUGAUGCUAUAGUGAACAAGGCAGUGUUUCAUGUAUACAGCCUGAAUCCUAAACAUGACAUUUCCAUCUUGGAGGCCGAAUAACAGAGACUGCCCUAUCAACGAAAAAUGCACUUUAAUAGCAACCCAAUUAAGUCUGUUAUAAAUUGGAAUUUAAUAAGUAGUUAUUAAUGACGUUUGCAUUUGUUAGCAAAAUAAAUAAUAGCGAAAACUGAGAUUUCAACAUCUUUUACUUGAUUCUUAUUAUUAGAUAUCACAAAAAUAACAUUUUAUUCACUUAAUUAAUCAAUAAUCAAGAUCGUUAAAACAAAAGUGUUACCUAUAGCUAUUCAGUCUAAGAUUUUCUCUAGCUUUAGUUGCAAUUUGUUGGCCUUCAUAGACGGUAUCACUUUGACGGACACCCGAUCGCCUAAUUUGGGUGUCAUGCUGUUCCCUAGGUUCUUCCUAUGGAUCAGUCCGUUUUCACCAACACCGCAAUCGACGAAGCACCCAAAGGGCACAACAUUACGGACUACACCUGCAAAAAAAAACUAUCUUCAGUUUAUUAGCCCACUAGCGGCCGCCUGCGACUUCGUACGCGUGCUGUUAGUUAGAAAUAAAGGU